UAGGGUAAAGUCGGAUAAAGCGUACCGCCGGGUAAAUCGUACCACCACCGUUUUCAAGAGAAUUAUUUACUACCCGUGGCAUCUCUUGGCAAAAUCCAAAAGCUUUGAGGAUUAUAUUUUUCCCGCCCAAGGUAAUAAUUGCCGCUCACUUCACCCUGUCAGUCAGUUUGAGGUUAAAUUAAGAGCAGUGUUGUUGAUGUUAUUUUUUGCUCGGGUUCAUAAGCUUUUUUCUUACAUUUGGAAUUCAAAAAAGAAGAUGAGUAAGUAAAUAAUAAGAAAAAAACAAACGGGAAUACUGUGGAUGGACCUCAGAAGAUAUGGAUCAUGCAAUUAAUGCAUACAAACAAAACCAAUGUGGUUUUAAUGAAUGCUGCAGGCGCUAUAACAUUCCAAAGCCAACUUUUAGAAGGCAUUUGCGCUCUUUAAAUAAAAAGGCAAAUGAAAAUGUCAAGUCUUUGGGUCGUCACACAACCUUCAGUCCUGAAACUGAAAUGGAAUUGGCAAAACAUAUUUUGAAGCUGGAAGAAAGAUUUUUUGGUGUAACAAUUCGGGAUGUUAGACGAUUGGCUUUCCAAAUAGCUGUUCGGAAUGAUAUUCCACAUCGCUUCAACAUCAACAAAGAAAUGGCGGGAAAAGGAUGGUAUUAUUCUUUUAUGAACCGACAUCCUGAACUGUCACUAAGGCAACCAGAGAAAAUCUCCAUGGCUAGAGCAACUGGAUUCAACCAAAAAAACGUCCAUGAGUUUUUUGAUAUCUUAGAAAGAUGUGUUGAUGAAAACUGUUUUACGGCUCAAACAACUUAUAAUGUUGAUGAAAGUGGAUUUUCAACUGUUCAAAAACGGAACCAAAAAAUAAUUGCACGUAGAGGAAAGCACCAAGUUGGAGGUAUAGCAAGUGGUGAGAGGGGCGUAAAUACCACAGUUGUCGUUUGUGCCAGUGCUGCCGGUCAAACUGUACCACCCAUGAUCAUUUUCAAGAGAAAACGUAUGGCUCCAGAGCUAACCAUAGGUGCAAUAUCUGGCACUAUUGUUACAAUUUCAGAUACUGGAUAUAUAAAUAGCGAACUUUUUGUUAAAUGGUUAAAGCACUUCAUUGAGUACGUAAAACCAAGUACCGAAAAAAAAGUUUUGCUUUUGCUGGAUGGCCACACAACGCACUUAAAAAAUCUUGAAGCACUCAUUUUAGCAAAAAUGCAUGGAAUUGUACUACUGCAACUUCCUGGCCAUACUACAAAUUGGUUACAGCCAUUAGACGUAAGCUUUUUUAAACCUAUGGAAUCCUAUUUUUCUCAAGGUAUUGAAACAUUUGUGAGAAGCAAUCCUGGUAACACUGUUACUCAAUAUAACAUGACUUGA